AUGGUUCUGACACUUUUGAAAGCACCAUUCCGUAUUCUUUUCAAUAACAUACUUGCAAAUUUUGUGCCAAGACGCCUACUACACAGCGUACUCCCCAGGCGUGCAAUCCGCCCAUGGGGACUCCUAGAAGCUAAUCGUUAUACUACUCUGCAUCAGCCCAUCCCAAGCGAACGUGUCCAAUUGGGCGAAGUAGCCACCAUCAUUAGUCAGACAUCAGUCCAAUCGCCUGGUAUUCAGCCGACUUCUCAGAUCCUGGUCGACCUUAGUGGUCGUCCGGAUUUGGCUGUAGUUGCGAAGGCGGCUAUCUCACAGUUUCUAUCCGAAGAUACGGAACUACCAUUGUCUAACCGAGCGAGGACAAACCCGUGUUCCGAUCUGAUCCAGGACGUUAACCAAACCCAGUUCACAGUCCGGCUCCGGACAUUUGUCACCGGAGAUGUUAGAAGCGAACUUACUAGAAAAGGGCGGGACAUGCUUCAUCGGACAAAGAAAGAAAUGGACAGGAUCUACCAGAAGUUUUCAAAAUCGAUCGCCACCAUGAAGUCCCUCCCGGAAGACGACAAACGCGCGGCAAAUGAAUACCUGAAAAUAGUAGUCAAGGGGCAACACGCAGCAGCCGAAAAGAUCUGGAAGGCCAAGGAGGAAGAACUACUCAACUGA